AUGGUGAUCAAGAAGACAACGAAGACCCACCUCUUCGCAAUCCCCGACCUCCACCACGACGACGACGACGACGACGACGACCAAGAAGACCACCUGAAGAGGCCCCUCCGCGAAGACCAUCCCAAAACCCCCUCCCAACUCCUCUCCUGCUUCUCCCUCCUCACCCUCCCCUCCUGCUCCAAACUCCAACCCAACUUCGCCGCGCGCCGCCGCCGCGGGGCCGAGGGGCGCGCCCUGCGCGCGGAGCGCCUCCUCGGCGCGUGGCGCGACCUCGGCGCGUUCGUCGACGCGGAGCUUGCGCGCCUCCGCGCCCGCUUCGUGCCCCCGGCCCCGCUCCGCCCCCGCGACGUCCCGCGCCUCCUCCUCGCCCCGGCGCCGCGGGCCCCGCCGCUCGCCGCCGCGGCCCUCGCCUGGCUUGGCGGCCCGUGGCGCCCCUCCGCCGUCCUCUCCCGCCUCCUCCCCGCCCUCGCCGCGCGCGCCCGCGCCCCCUCCCCGCUCGCCGCGCUCCCCCCGCGCGCCCUCCGCGCGCUCGCCGAGGCCGCGCGCAGCCUCCGCGCCCACGAGGCCGCGCUCGACGCCGAGGUCGCGGAGUACCAGGCCACCUGCAUACUCAAGCUAGAUUUUGCCGAAGCAGAAGUGGUGGUGGAGGCGGCGGCAGAAGAAAUGAGGAAGAUGGGGAAGAUAGUGAGGAAGGCAGGAAAAUUGAGGUAUCAGGCGGUGGAGGUGGCAGUGAAGGGGGUGCUCGAUCCGGCACAGGCGGCAGAAUUCUUGGUGGCAUUGGCCGGGGUGCAGGAGACCGUGCGGCGGCACGCAGAGCGGUGGAAUGCGCGUGUCGGAACGCUGUCCAUCACCGACGUCAAUUCUUUCAAUGCAACUACCGCCGCCGUCGGUGCUGCCGCCCCACAUUGAUGCAGCCUCAGCCUCAGCAUCAGCCUCAUUGUAAAAUGUAUAAAGUUGGAAGUGAUUCAUUUCGUUUAGUUUGCCUUCCAAUGGUUGUUUGUGUUCACCUUGUCAUGGUAUAAGGAAAAUGUGUGGGUUGGAUGCAUAGGUGCAUGGAAGAGACCUGUGAUUGGAUUGUGUUCCUUAGGUGUUACAUUUUGAUUUUUUUUUUUUUUUGAUUUAGA